AUGCUCGCCUCUUCGUUGAACUCCAUCACUCGCGCCGCAUCACUCUCGCGAAGUUCUUUUUCUUCUUGUUCGCCGUCCUCGUCGUCAUCAUCUUCGAGCAAAGCGGCGUUCUUGUAUUCGUCAAAGAAAACACAAUUUUUCAGUUCCGGAUUCGUCGGAAAGACGGAUAAAAUCAUCGUCGGCAAAAGUAAAAGUAAAAAACUUCUUUCCACAUCUAGCAUGACUACGGCAGAUGCAAGUAAAUACACCAUCGCGGAUCAACCGUUACGAUUCGCAAAUGGGAAGAAAGAAAACAACACGAGAAUGCUCGACAUCGACGCCAUUUACGAUGGUUCCUUUUUGAAAGGGAAGCGCGUUUUGGUCACCGGUGCUAACCGAGGCAUUGGAUUAGCGUUGGCGAAAGAGCUCAACGAUAAAGGCGCUUUUAUUCUCGGCACGUGCAGGAAGACGUCCGAUGACCUUUCCGCGUUAUCGAACACGCAAGUAAUAGAAAAUUGCGAAAUCACGGACGAAAAAUCUAUCGCGAACGCGUUCAAAGAGAUCACCGAACCGGUGGAUAUCGUCAUCAACAACGCGGGAUAUUUUUACGAACCAUUGGAAACCUUGGAUUCAAUGAACUUCGAAGAGGAGCUGAAAAUGAUUGACAUUUGCGCAGUUGGGCCGCUACGAGUUGUAAAAGUUUUGAGAGACAUGAAGCUGUUGAAAACGGACGGAACGUGUAAGAUUGCCAUGAUCACUUCGCAAGGCGGGUCAAUUUCCUGGCGCGAAGUCCAAAAUCCAGACGGCCAUGACUACGGGCAUCACAUGUCCAAAGCUGCGGCGAACAUGGGGAGUAAAUUGCUCGCGCAAGAGUUGAAGAAAGAGAAAAUAGCCGUUCAAAUAUUGCACCCAGGUUUUAAUAAAACCGGAAUGACGCAAAAGUACGAGAAGAUUUGGGAAAUCGAAGGCGCCGUGGACGCUUCAGUUGGAGCGAAACGCGUGAUGCACGAAAUUUCUCUCAUGGACGUGGAUAAAUAUAACGGUUUGUUCAUCAACUGCGAAGAUGGAUUACAAAUUCCGUGGUAA